AUGAUCUCGUAUAAACUCACGGUACUCGUAGCGAGUCUCUCUUCAAUAACCAAUGCAGCACUGGCAGCCAUUCUGCUUGAACCAGAGUCAGCGGCUACUGUCGGAAAUGAAGUCCCUACCGGCACAUUUAUCACAGCAGACGAUGCGGCCAUCACACCUCCUCCCGAGCUGAUGGAGCUCCAUCGUCGCCAGGAGUUCACUAUUAAAUAUCUCCUGGCACCCGACGCCACCUGUGGUUUUGACAGCAAAGGUAUAGUCUAUUGGCAUACAUCGUCGUCCUUCCCGUACUGCCAUACAAUGCACUUUAUCACAUCCGCCAUAAUCGGCUUUCAAUGCAGAGCCUCAACUUAUGCCGGCACUCCCGAGCUGCUACGAACAACCUUCAACGGCGGUCCUGCCAGGACGUACGCCAGUCGCACAGCCACGCAAUCCAGUACAACUCAGAUCCGCACGACCAUCGAUAGGGGCAGCACCAUUGUUAUCACGACGACUCUGAGUGGUGAACCCGUGAGCAGCUCUUCGUUCGACAUCAGUGACUACAUUGACAGCAGGAUCAACGAAAGCCGCUCCGACAACACCGGGGCCAUCGUCGGCGGCUCGGUCGGCGGGGCUGCUGUUUUGGCCAUCUUCGUCCUAGCCGGCGCCCUCUUCUUCCGAAGGAGGAAAAAGAAGAGCGCCAAAGUGGUCAAGAACAGCCAACCAGUGAUGACUGUAGAGGCCAGUGCCGCAAAUGGUCUGCUUGGCUACCAUUCCGCAUCACCGUCAUACCCGGGAACAAGGUAUCCUGUGUCGCCUGGUGGGCCGGCAGGCACCGUCUCUACGGCGUCCUCUCCCCGCUCGCCCGGGAUGGAGGGCUCCCACAAGACUUCGCUGCUGACUCCGCGAUAUAAUCAGAGCCACCGGCUUUCAGAAGUUGAUGGUGGUGCUGGCAGUCAGGUUCACGAGCUGCCUGCUCGCUUACUAUCAUCCCACAGCCAUCUGCCUGCCGAACUGAUGUCAACGUUCAUUAAACCGGCACUGAUAAUGCUGUCGGCACUCGUACUCAUGGGCGCGCCAGCCCAUGCAGCGAUACUGGCUCCCACCGCGACGGCCUCUGCUUCGAGCCUUGACUACCGCAGCUGGAGUCCGCAUCCGACGGCUCCCCCGGAGAUGAUGCUCGAGGUGCGGCAGGCCCGAGCGGAUACGUACGCCAUGGCUCCGGACAACAUAUGCGGAUGGGUAAACGGCAACAGGAGCUAUAGCUUCCACGCCUUCACCUGCGGAUCGACAGCCUUCUCGUCGGGGCAGAGGACCCCGCUGCUCCAGACGACGUUCGCGGGCGCCACAGCGACGCGGAAUUACGGACUGUUUGGCGCCACGGCCCCCGCAACAGCCCCUGGGACCGGCGGUGACGAAGACAUCGAACCGAUCACCGCACCGAUAGAUGGUGGUGGAGGUGAAGGCAAUCAGAGCUCGACUCCCGUCGGUGCCAUCGUGGGAGGGGUGGUCGGUGGCGUUGCUUUCAUUGCGAUAGCCGCGGGCGCCGGGGCGUUCUUGUACCGGAGGAGGAAGAAGAAGACGAGCCAGGACAUUGGCGGCCAGGCUGUGCAGCCGGAGAACAUGGAUAUUCGGUCGCCCAAGUGCCCACUGAUCAACUCUGGACAGGCAGCCAAAAUACCGGAUUAUCCAGUCGAGAUGGACGCGGCUGCUCCGCUCAGUCAGGUACACGAGCUGGGUGUUAUUGCCGCUCUGCAGUUCACGACUGUGUCGGCGGCCGCAAUGGCCACUGCCACGCGGACGGCGGUCAUACCCCUGGACGCUCAGAGCCCUCGUCCCACCGAGGCCCCUAUCAUGUUCGACCUCGCCCGCCGACAAAACAGCUUCACGUACCUCGUUGCGCCGGAUAAUACCUGUGGUUGGGUCAGCGGGAAUACAGAUGGCACGCUUGCUGCCCUCAGGAAGGCUGUACGCACCGAAACGGCCCUGCCAUAUUGCCACGAGCUCUUCUUGGGCUCCUCGGGGAUUUUCCGUUCCUUCAGCUGCGGCAGCACGAGCCGGGAAAAGCCGUCGGUCUACCUCACCAUCAAGCCCGGCACGGUGAGAUUCUUUGCCACCUCGACCAGCCUGGCGACCAUACGAACCACAACCAGCACCUCCAACGGCGCCGUCGUCACCAAGAUAGUAUCCGUGACCCCAUCAGGGUCGACGAAUGGCGGGACCGGAGAGGCCGAAGAGAACAGUGGUGGUGCUGAAAAUGGUCAACCAUCCAGCAGCGUGGGUGGUGGUGGUGGUGGUGGUGGUGGUAGUGGAGGCGAGCAGCCAUCCAACGGCGCAAACACGGGCGCCAUCGUGGGAGGCGCGGUGGGCGGCGCGGCGGUCCUCGCCAUCGCUGCCCUGGCCGCCGCCCUGCUCUACCGUCGCAGUGGAAAGAAAAAGAGCGAGGCCGAUGGCGCGUCCGCCGCGCCGCAUGGGGCUGGGUACUACCCGAUGUCACCAAGCCAGCCCGACUCGGCGGCCUUUAUGCCGUCGUCCUACAACACCCCCGGUAUCACCUGGGUUCAGCACAAUGGCCACUCAGUGUCGAGCGUAUCCCCGGUCCCCACAUCGCCGCCCAACGCCCCACGCUACGACGGAGGGCAUCCCAAAGACCCGACCCCCACGGCCGAGGCCGACGGGACUCGGCUGAAUAUGGUGCACGAGAUGGGGACGAACUGA